GACAAGGACAUGUUUACAGAGACCAUGGAGGCAAUGCAGAUCAUGGGUAUCCCAAAUGAAGAGCAGAUGGGAAUGCUGAAGGUGGUAUCCUCUGUGCUUCAGCUUGGAAACAUGAGCUUCAAGAAGGAACGCCACACAGACCAGGCGUCUAUGCCUGAUAAUACAGCUGCUCAAAGGUGUGCCAUCAUAUUUGAAUGAAUGUGACAGACUUCACCAAGGCCAUUCUGUCACCCAGAAUCAAGGUCGGCAGAGACUAUGUUUAAAAGGCUCAAACCCAAGAACAAGCUGAGUUUGCUGUUGAAGCCCUGGCCAAAGCUACAUAUGAAAGAAUGUUCCGGUGGCUGGUCAUGAGGAUUAACAAAGCCCUUGACAAGACCAAGACGCAGGGAGCUUCUUUCAUCGGCAUCCUGGAUAUUGCAGACUUUGAGAUUUUUGCUCAACUCUUUUGAGCAGCUGUGUAUUAACUACACCAAUGAAAAACUGCAGCAGCUCUUCAAACACACCAUGUUCAUCCUGGAGCAGGAGGAGUAUCAGAGAGAGGGCACUGAGUGGAGCUUUAUUGACUUUGGUCUUGACUUGCAGCCCUACAUUGACCUCAUCGAGAAACCCCCUGGUCCUCCUGGUAUUCUUGCACUGCUGGAUGAGGAGUGCUGGUUUCCUAAAGCCACAGACAAAAGCUUUGUGGAAAAGGUCCUCCAAGAACAGGGCAACCACGCAAAGUUCCUCAAGCCCAAGAAACUAAAAGACGAGGCAGACUUCUGUAUCAUCCAUUAUGCUGGCAAGGUAGACAACAAGGCAGACGCGUGGCUGAUGAAGAACAUGGACCCAUUAAACGAUAAUGUGGCUACACUGCUCAAUCAGUCCGCUGACAAGUUUGUUUCUGAGCUCUGGAAGGAUGUGGACCGCAUUGUGGGUCUGGAUAAGGUCACUGGUAUGUCCGAGAUGCCCGGUGCAUUUAAGACCCACAAGGGCAUGUUCCAAACAGUGGGCUAGCUGUACAAAGAGCAGCUGUCCAAGCUCAUGGCCACACUGA